UCUGACGCAGCGUCAAGCGUGGGUGGGGAGGCGUUGUCUAUAUUGCAGUGAGCGGGGGUUCUUUUGCCAAUCUUUGCUCGGAGUUUCUCGGAUAUCAGCUGCAAGUAAUUUGGGAAAAUCAUGUCUGGAUACUUGAAGGUCCUCCGCUCGCUCUCUAGAUCCGCGGCCAUUCUCUCCAAAACCCCCGCCGUGCUCGCGGCAGCUGCAACCUGCCAGAGUUUGCAACAGAGGAACUGUGAGUUUUUAGCAAAAUAGAGGCCCUUUGACAUAGUUACAUGAUAGUUUACAGAAUCAUACAGAAAGUGCUUUUAUACUGCACACCGCAAAGCCGGGUAAACUAACGUUAGCCUAUCCAGUUUAGCUUUCUCGCCGUUACUUUAGCUAGCUGUCUCUUGCGCACAAUUUGGCCAGUUUGAGAUGUUGGUUUAUUUUGGUUGAUGGGUAAGUAACUGUUACUAAUACGAAAUAUUAUUCAAUUAGACAACUUAUUCCAUGAAUGCACAGAUUUAUAUUAGAUUGUAGUCAUGUAGCAGACGCUCUUAUCCAGAGCGACUUACAGUUAGUGAGUGCACACAUUUUUCAUACUGAAUACAACGUUUGCUCGGUGAAUGGCUAACGUUAGCUGUCAGUGCACAAAAUGGACUUGUUUGUUUACAAGGCGAGUCAUCUUCCUGAUCUAGAAACCGGUAGUGAGGGGAUGAGAGGGUCGAGAGAUUUGUCUGUCGCUCUUUGUUGGCUAUAAAAAUUCACAUUUUUUGGCCUAAAGUAGAGCGAAUCACAACGAAUUAGGCUAAAUGAAGUUCUCGAGAUUAGAUUAAUGUAUUCCAAAUAUUAAAAUAUCAAAUCUGUCAAUUAACGUUACCAUUUGCCACGCAAGUAAAACUUGCAAUUGAAUAGAAUCAAUGACCGGAACAAGUCAUCUGCCAAUGCAAUCAUGGUUUGUGAAGUUAUUUAUAAUGUAUUUUUGGUGUGAAAAAAAUGUAUAGUGUCAGUCAGUAUGAAAUGCAGAAUAAACAUUGAUAUAAUUGUUUCUAACAGCUGUCAAAAUGUUUACACCUCCGUUGUUUGGCACUAGCCACUUUUUUUUUGUUGCUAAGAAACUUUUAUGAAGGUCAGCCUACUGUGGGACCAGGCUCUGCAACAUAAAAAUGUCUGCCAGAAGUGUUAUGUCCCACCAACAGCAUAAAUUAACCAUGUCGCAACUGUGGAGUCUAUCUAGAAAGCUGUUUGAGGGCACUAACUUAAAACGGGUACUGAUAAAAAAUAAUUUUGACCUCCCAAAUAACUUUACAGAUGCCCUAUAACCUUCCAGAUUAUCUUUCAAAUUAGAAAAUCCAAAAUAUGGAUAUAUUUAAAAUAGUACUUUGUCAGUAGCUAGUUAGGCCUAUAAUGCCUGCCCCUUCUAUUCUUUGACUUUGAAGCACUGUAUAAAGUAGCAGGUCAGUUGAAGGGCAGCUUGUUUCCCCUCUACCGUCCCCUCUAUCUGCCCACAUGUAGGCUUUACAAACCGUUGUCUCUGAAUCCUGAUCCUGAUAUUUAUGUGUUGGAAGAAGUGACCUAGCUGCCGCUGCUGUCUGUCUAGUACGGGAUUUUGUGAGGAUUGACUCAAAUGAAGGGGCUCUAGAUAUAUUAAAGGCUUUGGUCCUGUUAAAACAACCCACUAUCCAUCCAGUCAUACCCUUGUUGUGGUUGUAAGGCCAGAAGUAAAAAGGUUAGGCUGAUUUAAAGCAAAUACAGGCGACACGUCUUUUUUAAAAGUUUUACAAUGCUCAUGGAUGGAAACUUUCAAACUAUGGGGGAUGUUUUUGCUGUGACAUUUUACCUCAUGUCUUAGCUCUCAUAUUUUCCUUAGCCAAAAACAUAUCAUUAGUCUAAUUUGUAUUGCUUUGAUUCAAUUGACAUGUUCAUAACGUUAUUGGCAAACUGGCAAGUUUAUUAUUACAGUCACAAGAUGUACUUUGUCUGCCAGGAGCAUUUAUUGCUUGUAAUUGGAGCUUUGAAUUUUGCUGAGUGGAAGCAUUUUUAAAUACAGGCAUGACUGGGUAUGGUACCAGGUGCUAUUUGUUCUGUCAACUGACACACUUGCCUUUCCACUGACCUACACUUCAAGCGUGGAGCAAAAUUCAUUGGUCUGCUUCUGUCAUUUUAUUUGGUAUAACAUAUACUUUUUAAAGUAGUGAUAUAAAGAUAAAAGAACACAGAAAAUGGAGUCAUAGAAAUCAUGUAAUAUCCCACAAAUGUUUUGGUUGUCUGUUUGUACCAUACACACUUCCUUCAAUGCGUAUGCAUAAACAAAUUGCUACUUUAAUUUGCUCAUCUCAUUCUUUUUGAAGAGUAGCCGUGAGUAGCUUUAGAAAGUAGAUGGCGAAGUGCUCAGUUUUAAACGGAUGACCUGAAAUGUAGCCUAGACCUUAUGAAUGUUAAAAAAAUAACCUUAAACACGCUUGACUGAUAUUUUAGUUAGCAGAAUAAGCAUAGCCAAGAUCUGUUAACCUUCAAGAGUUAAGUGCAUGUAGAUAUUUUGGUUUGCAUUGUCCUUGACUACUCCCAACUUAGGUGCAUGUCAUAUGGGUAUGAAAGCUUGUCUUGUGUGAUACAGGCCUAUCUUUGAAAUGAGACCUCCAGUUGCAAGUGACUACUGUUUGCUCGUGCCCCUGUUGGCCCCCUACUGAUAUUUUGCAUACCUUAAUGAUUACUUAUGUAUAAACCUGUUUUGUGAAAGCUUACUUUGAGGUAAAUGUUUAAAUCCAGAGUUGGUGGCCCACCACUGUAUUUAUACUGAACAAAAAUAUAAAUUCAACAAUUUCAUUGAUUUUACUGAGUUAGAGUUCAUCUGACUCAGUCAAUUGAAAUAAAUUAUUAGGCCCUAAUCUAUGUAUUUCACAUGACUGGGAAUACAGAUAUGCGUCUGUUGGUCAGAUACCUUUUAAAAAAUGGCCUUCACAAUGGGCCUCAGGAUCUCGUCACGGUAUUUUUGUGCAUUAAAAUUGCCAUCGAUAAAAUGCAAUUGUGUUCGUUGUACGUAGCUUAUGCCUGCCCAUAUCAUAACCCCACCGCCAUCAUGGGGAAUUCUGUUCACAACGUUGACGUCAGCAAACCGCUCGCCCACAUGAUGCCAUGCACGUGGUCUCCGGUUGAGGCCGGUUGGGCGUACUGCCAAAUUCUCUAAAACUAAGUUGGAGUUGGCUUAUGGUAGAGAAAUGAACAUGACAUUCUCUGGCAACAGCCCUGGUGGACAUUCCUGCAGCCAGCAUGCCAAUUGCACGCUCCCUCAACUUGAGACAUCUGUGGCAUUGUGUUGUGACACAACUGCACAUUUUAGUGGCCUUUUAUUGUCCCCAGCACAAGGUGCACCUGUGUAAUGAUCAUGCUGUUUAGUCAGCUUCUUGAUAUGCCACACCUGUCAGGUGUAUGGAUUAUCUUGGCAAAGGAGAAAUGCUCACUAACAGGGAUUCAUUCUGGAGAAAUACGUUUUUUGUGCGUAUGGAACAUUUCUGCGAUCUUUUAUUUCAGCUCAUGAAACAUGGGACCAACACUUUACAUGUUGUGUUUUUUAUAUUUUUGUUCAGUGUAUGUAAGGCCUUAUUCAGCAAAUGAAUUUGGGUAUAUUGAAAUAUAAAAACGAACAUGUUGUCUUACUAUGCCAACCACAAAUGCAUGUCGGUUCAUACCUUGUAAAAAGGCAUUUAGGCCUAUGUACUGGCUUUGGUCCAGCUGUCACUACAGAUUCCAGUUAGCCUAAUUUAGAAACCGCUUAUCAGUUUUUAUAUAUUUACCUUUCAACCACAUGCCCCUACCCACACUAUCUUCAUUGAAUCUGAUCCAUCCUGCCUGUGCAGACAGAUUUAGGGUAUUCUGUAAUCAUCAGCUUUUUUCCCACAUUUCCUACCAAUGAUGCAUUGCGGCAAGACUGGGGUCACGCGACAAGAUUCUUCACUUGUUCGUGAGGAUUCUCGUUGCAAUGCUCUCUCGCGAAAAACUGAUGUGAUUUGUUAACUUAGCUAUACUGAACAAAAAUAUAAACGCAACAUGUAAAGUGUUGGUCCCAUGUUCAUGAGCUGAAAUAAAAGAUCCCCGAAAUUUUCCAGACGCACAAAAAGCUUAUUUCUCAAAUGUUGUGAACUAAUUUCUUUGCGUCCCUGUUCGUUCACAUUUCUCCUUUACCUAGCUAAUCCAACCACCUGACAGGUGGGGCAUAUCAAGAUGGUUAAACAGCGUGAUUAUUACACAGGUGCACCUUGUGCUGGGGACAAUAAAAGGACACUAAAACAUGCAGUUUUGUCUCACAACACAAUGCCACAGCUGUUUUGAGGGAGCAUGGAAUUGGCAUGCUGACUGCGGGAAUGUCCACCAGAGCUGUUGCCAGAGAACUGAAUAUUUAAUUUCUCUACCAUAAGCCGCCUCACAGCAGCAGACCACAUGUAGCCAAGCUAACCCAGGACCUCCACAUCCGGCUUCUAGACCAGCGGGGUCAUCUGAGGCCAAUUCUGUAAAAUGACGGAGGUGGCUUAUGGUAGAGAAAUGAACAUUUACAUUCUGGCAACAGCUCUGGUGGCCAUUCUUGCAGUCAGCAUUACAAUUCCACACUCCCUCAACUUGAUGUGACAACUCCACAUUUUAGUAGCCUUUUAUUGUCCCCAGCAUAAGGUGCCCCUGUGUAAUCAGCUUCUUUAUAUGCCACACCUGUCAGGUGGAUGGAUUAUCUUGGCAAAGGAGAAAUGGUCACUAACAGGGAUGUCAACAAAUAUUUGCGCAAAAUGACAAGCUUUUUUGCCUAUGGAAAAUGUUUUAUUCAGCUCAUGAAGCAUGUUUUCAACUUUACAUUGCCUUUUUUAUAUUUUUGUUCAGUAUAGUAGUCAACGCACCUGCUCGAGUACACAUUCUGGGUAAACAAUGGCAUCUUCUCUGGAGAGUUAACAUUGUCUAUUGCUGAUCACGUUCUCAACUUGUCCUUGCACAUUUCCCAUUUACAAGAGUACUGCAUAUUUUGCCUAUAUUUUUUAUCAAAUGUUUGCCGAUAUCUGGACGGCUCAAAGACUGGAUCAGUAGCCGUCAGAUUGUCUCUGACCUGCUUACAUUAAACAAGCUUCGGUGGCGGCCGCGCACCCAGAGUUGGCAACGACAAGGGGAUUUUGUCUCAAACUUGUCUGGGAUAGCUAAAUCGGGGUCAAAAUCGUGCAGCGUAUACCCAGCUUAACUGUAAUGGGGGAUGGGGGGGUGAAUCUCUCAUUCAGACUUCACCCAAGUGUCGGUAAGCUUUUCACACCUGGCAAACUUGUUCUCAAAACACAUGAUUUCUGCUAAAUGUUCUCUACAGUAUUUAAAGUGAAGGAUGGCCUAAUUGUUGCCAAUUGUGAUGGCUUGUCAAGCAAAGUCAACUAUUGGCUCUCAAUGGAUUAAGUGCUUUAUGACCUAAAUGAUUCUUCCUUUGGGUUAUCUAGUUCACUGCAUGCAAUCCAUAAUCUCCCUUUUACUGUAUGUGACUACUGUUUUAUUGGCUCAUGGCCAAGGAAUGUAGGCCUAAAUUAAGACUUGCGGCAGAGAUGAAUAAGCGAAGCUGUGUGUCACCAUCUUUGCGUGCGGGCAAGGUUUGGGCCUUGUUUUACACCUCUUGAGAGGAUUUGUGAAUGACCACAAGUUCUGGAGUAGGCUGUCUUUGACAGGUGCAUAGUCGCAGUAAAGGUCAUAUGUGUAUACUUAAUAUAAAGGUUGUCGUACAGCAUAGGUCUACGUGGCGGUCGUAUUUGAUCAUUCUGCUGAAUACCACCAUUUUGUUUCGCUACACUUCUUCUUGGAUGUCCUUUUUGGAGCAGUGGAAGCAUAGACUUGGCAGGAACAUCAGAAAGUCACUUGAUUCCCUGCACCUCCCCCUUGCCACGCCCUCUCCACUGCAUGGUGUAUCUGGGAGAAUGGGCGAGGGCCUUUAAAAGGCAGAGUCGUGUGGGAGCAGAGCCUUGUUUUCUAAUCAAUAAUUGGACUACUAGUCUGGGUGAAUCAGAGGGCAAGAUUCAUUGCAGCUACAGAUGAAGGAAAAUAUAAAUGUAUUGCUGUCAAUAUUCUUUAGUUAUGGGCAUUAAGAGCUGAAUAUCUACAGUGCGGGGGGAAAAAGUAUUUGAUCCCCUGCUGAUUUUGUACGUUUGCCCACUGACAAAGAAAUGAUCAGUCAAAUUUUAAUGGUAGGUUUGUUUGAACAGUGAGAGACAGAAUAACAACAAAAUAAUCCAGAAAAACGCAUUUCAAAAAUGUUAUAAAUUGAUUUUGCAUUUUAAUGAGGGAAAUAAGUAUUUGACCCCUCUGCAAAACAUGACUUGGUGGCAAAACCCUUGUUGGCAAUCACAGAGGUCAGACGUUUCUUGUAGUUGGCCACCAGGUUUGCACACAUCUCAGGAGGGAUUUUGUCCCACUCCUCUUUGCAGAUCUUCUCCAAGUCAUUAAGGUUUCGAGGCUGACGUUUGGCAACUCGAACCUUCAGCUCCCUCCACAUAUUUUCUAUGGGAUUAAGGUCUGGAGACUGGCUAGGCCACUCCAGGACCUUAAUGUGCUUCUUCUUGAGCCACUCCUUUGUUGCCUUGGCUGUGUGUUUUGGGUCAUUGUCAUGCUGCAAUACCCAUCCACGACCCAUUUUCAAUGCCCUGGCUGAGGGAAGGAGGUUCUCACCCAAGAUUUGACGGUACAUGGCCCUGUCCAUUGUCCCUUUGAUGCAGUGAAGUUGUCCUGUCCCCUUAGCAGAAAAACACCCCCAAAGCAUAAUGUUUCCACCUCCAUGUUUGACGGUGGGGAUGGUGUUCUUGGGGUCAUAGGCAGCAUUCCUCCUCCUCCAAACACGGCGAGUUGAGUUGAUGCCAAAGAGCUCCAUUUUCGUCUCAUCUGACCACAACACUUUCACCCAGUUCUCCUCUGAAUCAUUCAGAUGUUCAUUGGCAAACUUCAGACGGGCAUGUAUAUGUGCUUUCUUGAGCAGGGGGACCUUGCGGGCGCUGCAGGAUUUCAGUCCUUCACGGCGUAGUGUGUUACCAAUUGUUUUCUUGGUGACUAUGGUCCCAGCUGCCUUGAGAUCAUUGACAAGAUCCUCCCGUGUAGUUCUGGGCUGAUUCCUCAACGUUCUCAUGAUCAUUGCAACUCCACGAGGUGAGAUCUUGCAUGGAGCCCCAGGCCGAGGGAGAUUGACAGUUCUUUUGUGUUUCUUCCACUUGUGAAUAAUCGCACCAACUGUUGUCACCUUCUCACCAAGCUGCUUGGCAAUGGUCUUGUAGUCUAUUCCAGCCUUGUGUAGGUCUACAAUCUUGUCCCUGACAUCCUUGGAGAGCUCUUUGGUCUUGGUCAUGGUGGAGAGUUUGGAAUUAAAGGGAUUGCUUCUGUGGACAGGUGUCUUUUUAUACAGGUAACAAACUGAGAUUAGGAGCACUCCCUUUAAGAGUGUGCUCCUAAUCUCAGCUCGUUACCUGUAUAAAAAACACCUGGGAGCCAGAAAUCUUUCUGAUUGACGGGGUCAAAUACUUAUUUCCCUCAUUUAAAAUGCUUAUCAAUUUAUAACAUUUUUGACAUGUGUUUUUCUGGAUUAUUUUGUAAUUCUGUCUCACUGUUCAAAUAAACCUACCAUUUUAAAAUUAUAAAUCAUCAAUCAUUUCUUUGUCAGUGGGCAAACGUACAAAAUCAGCAGGGGAUCAAAUACUUUUUUCCUUCACUGUAACUGUCCAUGGAGAUAUGAAACCGCGAAGAGCAAAUUACUGUGCAGUGUCUUGUAGGAUGAGGUGACUUUGAUCACACGACUCUCCAACUGUUUUCUAGCAUUAGCCUAUUCAGGGAACACUUUCCGUGAUAUUUUAGCAUAUUCAGACUGUCAAAGAAUAUAUUCCAGUACACAUUGUAGUAUUGAUUGUCAUAGUUUUUUGGGUGGGCAUGUUGCAGUCAAACAGAUUAAGAUAUGUAUGUAUGGUAAUGAGCUAUAAUGACAGACUUUGGUUGCGCUGCAGUUUUUGUACUUAAAUUAGGCCAACAUUGGUGCUCCUCACUACUAGGUGUAGGUCAAGACCGUGACAAAGGCUGCCGGUUCCAUUAAUGCACUCUAUUCUAUUUUGGACAGAUGGGGACAAACGUAUCCAGGUGUCCCAGCCUGUGGUGGAGAUGGACGGAGAUGAGAUGACCAGGAUCAUCUGGGAGUUCAUCAAAGAGAAGGUGCUGAACUGGGACCAAUGGAGGAGGGUAGAGGGACAACACAGUGGCGUCUGUCAGCCCCAGGGGAGGACUGCUCUCUGACUAGUCUACUUUUACACAACUGACUGACCCAUAGAUUGAGUGUCUGUAUGCUGUGGGGGAUGGGAUUUUGUAAACUUUCUCACACUCAUUGGUAGCUCGCCUCUGGAGAUCAGUCUGAACAUGAAGAUUCAUGGGAGAAAAACAUUACCUGUUUUCUGACUAAACAUGUUUAACGCGUUUUGUUCCACGUAAAACCAUGGGAUCACAUUACAUGAAUGAGAAUAUGAUUAUUACAUCUACCAAUGUGGAGAGCGCGAUCUAAAUGGUAGUCAUUGUAUUUUUAAAGAUUGUUCUUGUUAAUAUUGACUUGACUGUCUUACUGUUAUUUUGACCCUUAUGUGCUUGGACUGUGAUGUGGACAUUGAUUAAAGCGCAUCCAUACCAUCAGUCAUAGUUCACUGUUGAGACAAUGUCUGGAAUCCUCUUGUCCUCUGAAUACAUUAUACCGAAGGUUAUCAAAUUGACAAGAUAGUCAAGUGACUGCUCCAACAAUGGAGAUAAAUGUCCUCAAAGUCAGGUGGGACCAUACUAGCAAUGAUUGGCCAGAUAUGCGUGUGAACAGGUACAACUAAGUUGUUUUUCUCAGUUGCUGGAAUGCCACGUGGAUCCACUUGUAUCGGUACAUAACAGCCUAAACAUUACGAAACUUCUAUUUGAUCAAAUACGCCUCACGUAAUUCAACACUUUCACAGACCGACUCCCACAUGGACAGAUUUUGGGCGGCGAAAAUCCUCUCUCUUCCAUUCUGUUUAUACCGGAGGUAAACUUUCUUUGUGACAAUCUGCAACUGGACAUACACUGCUAAAAAAAAUAAAGGGAACACUUAAACACAAUGUAACUCCAAGUCAAUCACACUUCUGUGACAUCAAACUGUCCACUUAGGAAGCAACACUGAUUGACAAUAAAUUUCACAUGCUGUUGUGCAAAUGGAAUAGACAACAGGUGGAAAUUAUAGGCAAUUAGCAAGACACCCCCAAUAAAGGACUGGUUUUGCAGGUGGUGACCACUUCUCAGUUCCUAUGCUUCCUGGCUGAUGUUUUGGUCACUUUUGAAUGCUGGCGGUGCUGUCACUCUAGUGCAGGGUUCUUCAAUUCCGGUCCUGGAGGGCCGAAACACUUCUGUUUUUUAUUUCUACCUGGUAGUUAAUUGCACUCACCUGGUGUCCCAGGUCUGAAUUAGCCCCUGAUUAGAAGGAGAGGAUGAAAAACAGAGGUGUUUCGGCCCUCCAGGACCGGAAUUGAAGAACCCUGCUCUAGUGGAAGCAUGAGACGGAGUCUACAACCCACACAAAUGGCUCAGGUAGUGCAGCUCAUCCAGGGUGGCAAGAAGGUUUGCUGUGUCUGUCAGCGUAGUGUCCAGAGCAUGGAGGCGCUACCAGGAGACAGGCCAGUACAUCAGGAGGCCGUAGGAGGGCAACAACCCAGGAGCAGGACUGCUACCUCCGCCUUUGUGCAAGGAGGAGCACUGCCAGAGCCCUGCAAAAUGACCUCCAGCAGGCCACAAAUGUGCAUGUGUCUGCUCAAAUGGUCAGAAACAGACUCUAUGAGGGCCCGAUGUCCACAGGUGGGGGUUGUGCUUACAGCCCAACACCGUGCAGGACGUUUGGCAUUUGCCAGAGAACACCAAGAUUGGCAAAUUCGCCACUGGCGCCCUGUGCUCUUCACAGAUGAAAGGAGGUUCACACUGAGCACGUGACAGAGUCUGGAGACGCCGUGGAGAACGUUCUGCUGCCUGCAACAUCCUCCAGCAUGACCGGUUUGGCGGUGGGUCAGUCAUGGUGUGGGGUGGCAUUUCUUUGGGGGGCCGCACAGCCCUCUUUGUGCUCGCCAGAGGUAGCCUUACUGCCAUUAGGUACCGAGAUGAGAUCCUCAGACCCCUUGUGAGACCAUAUGCUGGUGCGGUUGGCCCUGGGUUCCUCCUAAUGCAAGACAAUGCUAGACCUCAUGUGGCUGGAGUGUGUCAGCAGUUCCUGCAAGAGGAAGGCAUUGAUGCUAUGGACUGGCCCGCCCGUUCCCCAGACCUGAAUCCAAUUUAGCACAUCUGGGACAUCAUGUCUCGCUCCAUCCACCAACGCCACGUUGCACCACAGACUGUCCAGGAGUUGGCGGAUGCUUUAGUCCAGGUCUGGGAGGAGAUCCCUCAGGAGACCAUCCGCCACCUCAUCAGGAGCAUGCCCAGGCGUUGUAGGGAGGUCAUACAGGCACGUGGAGGCCACACACACUACUGAGCCUCAUUUUGACUUGUUUUAAGGACAUUACAUCGAAGUUGGAUCAGCCUGGAGUGUGGUUUUCCACUUUAAUUUUGAGGGUGACUCCAAAUCCAGACAUCCAUGGGUUGAUACAUUUGAUUUCCAUUUAUAAUUUUUGUGUGAUUUUGUUGUCAGCAUAUUCAACUAUGUAAAGAAAAAAGUAUUUAAUAAGAUUAUUUCAUUCAUUCAGAUCUAGGAUGUUAUUUUAGUGUUCCCUUAAUUUUUUUGAGCAGUGUAGUUUCCUUGACAGGACAUCAGAUUUAAAUUUAGAACGGUUGACAAUGUAAGGAAAGAAUGAGUUCUGAUUCCUCUGUCAAUGUGUCCUGCCCCUCCAGCUCAUCCUCUCCAAUGUGGAUGUGGAGCUGAAGUACUACGACCUGGGUCUGCCAUACCGUGAUCAGACUGAUGACCAGGUCACCAUCGACUCUGCCAUCGCCACCCAGAAGUACAAUGUCGCUGUUAAAUGUGCCACAAUCACUCCCGAUGAACAAAGAGUAGAAGGUAUUUGAAUAGCAUAUAAGUAUUUUGUAGUUUUACUGUAACAGUUUCAUUCCUUCUCCAAAUGCCCCAUUUGUUUUUUUGUUAAACCGAUAAUGGGAACCUACGGUUGAUGGUUUAAAUGUUGCCAUAUUGCUGUUUUGUGCAAACUGUGGUUUUCCAUCAGAGUUCAAGCUGAAGAAGAUGUGGAAGAGCCCCAACGGAACCAUCAGGAACAUCCUGGGUGGCACAGUCUUCCGUGAGCCAAUCAUCUGCAAGAACAUUCCCAGGCUUGUUCCAGGUUGGACACAACCAAUCACCAUUGGCAGACAUGCUUUUGGUGACCAGGUAAGUUCCUUCUAAAUGAAAGAAAUGUAAUUAUUUGUGACUUCAGUAUAUGUGAUUGUAACCGAUCCGUUGUUUUACAGUACAGAGCAACAGACUUUGUUAUCAGCCAGCCAGGCACAUUCAAGAUGGUCUUCUCCCCUACUGAUGGGAGCAAAGGCCAGGAGUGGGAGGUCUACAAGUUUCCUGGAGGUGGCUGUGGAAUGGGCAUGUACAACACAGAUGAGGUGAGUUCAGCACGGCAUUCACUUAAAACAGCUUUAUUUUGUCAACUAGAUAAUUUUUCUUUGAGAUUCUAGUGGUAGUGCAUGGAGUGAGUUCACCUCCUGUAAACCUGCCUUACCAUGUUUGUUUACCAUCAUGAGCAGGAGUGUUUGAUUUGACAAUAUCAGAGGUCAUGUGGCGAACUUUCAACUUGUCUAGUGGAAAUAGAAGUGGGGACUAAUCAGGGGUUAAUAGCCAGAAGGUGGUUAACCUCUGUACUGCUGCUUAUGACCUACACUAGGGGUGACCUAUGUUCUUUCUAUUCCACCAGUCUAUUUCUGGCUUUGCACACAGCUGCUUUCAGUACGCCAUUGGCAAGAAGUGGCCCCUCUACCUGAGUACCAAGAACACCAUUCUCAAAGCCUAUGACGGUAGAUUCAAGGACAUCUUUGAGGAAAUCUACCAGGCGUUAGUAUUUGUUGCUUUUUAUGAUCUCUAUAACCUCAACCUGUUACGGAGUAAAAUAUUGGUUGUUUCUUCCUGGUUCAUGUGGGUCCUUACAUAUAGUUUAUAUUGUGUAAUGCACUGCACUCUAGGGAUGUGACAAAUGUACAAUUUCUCUUAACGUUUAAACUGCACUUUUAAAAAAUAGUUUUAAGCGUUGUUAAAUCAUAAAAUGACAUUCACAAUUCAGAUGUGGUUCUGCGUAUGACCGCUGGGGGCAAUGCAGUUCACUCUACCGCAGUCCUGGCUACAUACAUAUCAGUCAUCGCUAGGUACCAAAGUCAUAAAGCUGGCCUAUUUCUUCAAUUUCUCUUCUUAAAGUGAUUUUAAUCCUAAACUUAACUACACUGCUAACCUUAUGCCUAACCUUAAAUUAUAUUUUUGGUCUCAAUUUUUACAAUAGACAAUUUAGACUUUGUGGCAGUGGAAACCCUACCAGACAUUACUUUUUUACUGCUGUCCCCCACUUACUCAGCAACUGUGGUAUUAAUGCCAUUUUAGGUUGUGUGCCUCUCCUCCAUGUUGUCCGUAUGUACUUCAUGUCCCACUUCUCAUCAAUGUGAUGGCUCAUUGCAGUGAUGUAUGACAGCGUGUUCUUAGAUGUCCAACAAUCUGUUUAUGCCACAUACUGUGUUUGAAAACUCGCGCUUUGCACUUGCAGCGCAAUCGUACAAUUUCUCCAUCAGGGCCGUCACGGUUUUUCGACAUGGCAUGUGUAGUCUUGUUUUAGAUAUGUCGUUAGGGUAUUGAAGCCGACAUCCUCUACCAUUGACGAUGGCUGCAUAUCAACUGUAAUCAUUUCUGUAAUCAGCGCUGUGAUUUUCUCACGCAGUCUCUUAUUGCACUGCUGCCAGCAACUGGUUGGGUCGUCCCUUUCAGCAUUGCACCUGUACUGCUCAACUCCACCUUGCAAAGUUUGCAUUUCAUCACCUCUUAACUUAGUGUUGCCAUACAGGACUUAGCUCAUGUCACUUACCUGUCUCACUCUCUUCCAGUUUUCCAACUGUUAACAACGAUGACGUGCGGAUCGCUUUUUAUCCCAUGGCAAAUCAUUUGAAAGAUUCAUAUAUCUCUGUAUAACGUUACAGCAUUGUUGCAUUAGGUAUUUGUGUAAACAAAUUAAAUAAAUCAUGAGGAUUGGGGCCUGUUAGUGGUAGUAUUUUUUUGAUAACUGCACUGUGAUUUUAAUUUUGUAAAAAAGGUUUUCGGUUAGAGAUUGUUCUAAAUGUUAACUAUCCCAAUGUCAUUUAAACGUUCACACCCCUGCUGCACUCACUAUCAUAUUGUUUGUGUCCAUAGGAAUUACAAGCCAGAGUUUGACAAGCUGAAGAUCUGGUACGAGCACAGGCUCAUUGAUGACAUGGUUGCCCAGGUGUUGAAGUCCGAUGGUGCCUUUGUGUGGGCCUGCAAGAACUACGAUGGAGACGUACAGUCUGACAUCCUAGCUCAGGGUGAGGGAUUAGGAAAUCUACACCUCACUUCAAAUGAAAUAGAAAUUAGUUUGGAUGAAAAUAGUCCUGUAACAGGUUUGACUACGGGUGACUGACAUACCGUCUGGGUUGCUGACAUACUGUACGGGUUCUCCACAGGUUUCGGCUCUCUGGGUCUGAUGACGUCAGUGCUGGUGUGUCCGGAUGGCAAGACCAUUGAGGCAGAGGCAGCCCACGGUACAGUGACCAGGCACUACCGCGAGCACCAGAAGGUUAGUCACUCUAGUACUAACCGCCUCCAUUACAACCCUAGGUCCAUAUUUAGAGAAGCAUAAAUCAUGGCGCAUGCAACAGUAGUAUGGGAGGAGUCAAAUUAGUGUCCGUUUGAAUGUCUGCCUGGUUGAUUUGUGUAUGAACAGUGCCGUCUUGUGGUGGAAAAUAUGCUGCCAGAAUGACCUCGUAGGCUGAAAGAAAUGAUUCAUCAACAUGGGAUUGUUCUAGUCCUAUUUUGUACCUGUAUUUCCAUGGUUAAACUGUAACCUUUGUCCACCUUUAGGGAAACCCAACCAGCACCAACCCCAUUGCCAGCAUCUUUGCUUGGACCAGAGGGCUUGAGCAUCGGGGUAAACUUGAUGGCAACCCUGACCUGAUCAAGUAAGGAAUUAAUUCCGCUAGUCUUUUUUCUUUUUAAAUUUAAAUGUAUUUUUUACAGAUAUUGUCACUAGAUAUGAUAAUGUACUGAUCAAGUUUGGCUUUAACUUAAGUCUUCAUGUACUGUACCAUGAAGGGAAUUAUUUAUCAUACAACAAGCAGUUGUGCUGUAUAAAUCCCACUGUUCUAUUCCAUUAGUGUUUGCCAGGCAAACGGCAGUGUUUAGAUUCACAGGUCAUCUGUUGUGACUAUUACUGACUCUUUUCUUUUUAACCUGCAGGUUCGCCCUGACUCUGGAGAGGGUGUGUGUGGAGACAGUUGAGAGUGGUGUUAUGACUAAGGACCUCGCCGGCUGCAUUCACGGCCUUUCCAAGUGAGCUCAUUACUAUUGCAUUGACAAAAUUCUUGAUCUGGCUAACAUGUUUACUAAUGCAUGGAUCAUUGUCAUAUUUUGGUGCGUUUUUGUACUAAUAAAAUCAUUUGAUUUCCCUGUCAUUGAAGUGUGCAUGACUCUGUCUCAGGGACAAGGUCUUGACUGAAGACGGAGUAAAUUGUGUUCUGAUCUGUCCUUCCAUUGCAGAUGCAAGCUGAAUGAGCACUACGUCAACACUGAGGACUUCCUGGACACCAUCAAGAACAACCUGGACAAAGCCCUGGGCAAGUGAAGGACUGAAGAGUGCAGCUAGCCUGCAAGUGACAUUGUCCUGUUUUUGUACCUCAUUUUUAACUUAGGUCAAGAUAACCACAUGCAUAUUGUCUGAAGUAAUAUGUAGAGCAUAAUGUAGUGUGUCAGAUUAGGGGAUUCUACUGUUGUGAGAUCUGUUCCAUCUAGCACUCCUAUGCCUAUGUUUCCAGGGUUCUAUUUUUGUAAUUAAGUACUGUAUUCCGAUACUGUAUUAUGCCUUUGAAGAAACGUGAAGGCCGUGUCAAGAAUAUUUGCUUAUCCUUGUAUGAUCUUAUACUUGUGUUCUGCCUUAUUUUAAUAUUAUGAUAAAAGGAGCACACUGAUUUUAAAGGUAAAUAAAUUUAUUAUUUUACAGUUGUCUGGUACACAUUUUACAGUUCUAGCAACAGGAUAUUUCCACAACAACGUGUAACACAGAAAGCCAUUCAAGUUUCAGAUC